AUGGUUUCCCAAAGCGUCAACAAGACUGCCCUCCACCCUACCGGCGUGCAGCCGUCAACGGACCACACUGAGAUCGAGGAGGAGCUCCACGACAAGGCACACAUCGACUAUGACCGAGUAGCUAUUGUUGCCAACCCUUCCGUCGCCGCCCUCUAUGAAGACGCCCUUGUAUACGAGUCUGGCUCUGCCAUCACAUCUUCAGGUGCUCUGUCGGCAUAUUCUGGUGCCAAGACCGGUCGAUCGCCAUCGGAUAAGCGAAUCGUGGAGGAGGAAUCGUCGAAGAAAGACGUGUGGUGGGGUCCUGUAAACAAGCCGAUGACACCCGAUGUCUGGCGAAUCAACCGAGAACGUGCCAUCGACUACCUCAACACCAGGAAUCGCAUCUACGUCGUUGAUGGCUUUGCUGGCUGGGACGAGCGGUACCGAAUCCGUGUGCGGGUCGUCUGUGCCCGCGCUUACCACGCUCUUUUCAUGCGAAACAUGCUGAUCCGGCCGUCACGGGACGAGCUCGAAGGCUUCCACCCCGACUACGUCAUCUACAAUGCCGGCGCCUUCCCUGCAAACAGGUACACCAGCGGCAUGACCUCAUCAACAUCCGUCGCCAUCAAUUUCGCCGAGAAGGAGAUGGUCAUCCUCGGUACUGAGUACGCCGGCGAGAUGAAGAAGGGUAUCUUUACGGUGCUCUUCUACGAGAUGCCUGUGAAACACAAUGUCCUCACUCUCCACUCGUCAGCGAACCAGGGCAAGAGCGGCGACGUUACCGUCUUCUUCGGCCUCUCAGGUACUGGCAAGACCACCCUGUCAGCGGAUCCCAAGCGUGCUCUAAUUGGUGAUGAUGAGCACUGCUGGAGCGACACCGGCGUCUUCAACAUCGAGGGUGGCUGCUACGCCAAGUGCAUUGGCCUGUCCGCGGAAAAGGAGCCUGACAUCUUCGGCGCCAUUCGAUUCGGUGCCAUCCUUGAGAACGUUGUUUUCGACCCCAUGACUCGUAUUGUCGACUAUGAUGAUGAUACCCUAACGGAGAACACCCGAUGCGCCUACCCUAUUGAAUACAUCGAGAACACCAAGAUCCCCUGCAUUUCGGACAAGCACCCCAAGAACAUCAUCCUGCUCACAUGUGACGCUCGUGGUGUCCUUCCCCCAAUCUCAAAACUUAACAAGGAGCAAACCAUGUACCACUUCAUUUCCGGUUACACUUCUAAGAUGGCUGGUACCGAGCAGGGCGUAACAGAACCGCAAGCCACCUUCUCAUCAUGCUUCGCCCAACCUUUCUUGGCCCUCCACCCUAUGCGCUAUGCGAAGAUGUUGGCUGAGAAGAUCGAGGAGCACGGGGCCGAUGCUUGGCUCUUGAACACCGGGUGGGUUGGUGCUGGUGCCACCACCGGCGGCAAGCGCUGUCCCCUCAAGUACACUCGCGCUAUCCUUGAUGCCAUCCACUCUGGCGAGCUCGCGAAGUCAGAUUACGAGACUUACGAGACCUUCAACCUCUCAGUACCACGAACCUGCCCGAACGUUCCGGACGAGCUCCUCAACCCCGCCAAGUCAUGGAACGGAACUGCGGAUUUCAAGGGCGAGGUUGAGAAGCUUGGCAAGCUGUUCAUGGACAACUUUAAGAAAUACGAAGACCAGGCUACAUCGGAAGUUACCAAGGCUGGUCCACAUGUGUGUUGCUGCCCUAAGCAUUAG